AUGAACGUGGUUGCUCGACAUCGGGUUUCUCACAUGCUGAUUUUUCUCACUCGUUUCGUGUUAAUAUUCGGGCUCUCGCAGCUCGCCUCUAGCGUACAAGAUGCAACACAUCCUCCACCAGCAUUGGAUGAUCUAGAAGGAAACGGAUUCAGUGGUAUGAGGGUUUCAAAUUACAGUAGCGCUGCAGGCCCACGUGAAGAUCAUGAAGUCUUCGGCGAGUAA